CUCACACAAUUCACCAAUUAUUUCUCAGAAAUAAGGGCUUAACAACUGGCAUCUCAACACUGGACAUCAAUUUGCCGAUGUCCAAAUUUGAACUCUUAGCCCUUUGCAAAUAACAUUUUGCUUUCUUGGAGUUGCUGAUGAGAAUGUGCGGUCCUCCGAAGUUAUUACAACUUGUCCAGCCCCGCGGAAGCUGCCAGUUUGGAAAGACCAAUCCCUUUUCUUGAUUUUUUGUAUCCUCUCACCAAAGGAGGGUGGAUUGUCGCACAAGUCGCAGCUUGUCGGCAGCCAGCAGCAGGCGGGAUCGCACAGAAGUCUGUUCCGAUAAAGUCUACUUUCCUGCCGGCACUUAGGUCAAACAUUUCGCAAGGGAGCAGCAAUGAGACACUCGCUGGACGGUGGACACGCUGAAGUUCGUGGUGUCCCUUUGCCCAGUUGCGUGUGACUGAUCCGGUUGGGAGCGAUCAAACAACAAUGGCUAAGAUAUGGAAAGCAGUCGCAUUUCAUGAGCUGUGCAGAUUUGUACCCUUCCUGCUGAGUGUCUGUAUUUACUUUGUGUUGGCACCGCAGUCUUCUUGUCCCCUGUGGGUGAAGGCCUUCUUCAAAUGCUUGCCCAUUUUGUUUCUGUGUACAUACAUUUUGACUCAUGAAAUAAACAUGUACACACACAACGAAGCUCAAAAGCUCCUUGCGGGCCUCCUAUUUUCAGCAGCAGGCGAUAUCUUCCGGACCACUUCUCCACAGCUGUAUCACUUGCAUGGAGAAUCCAUGUUUGGGCUGGCACACGUUUUCUACAUCUGGAUGUUUGGCACAAAACCUUUAAACCUGUUAGCAGGCAUUUUCCUUGUGGCUGUUGGCACCGUAUAUAUGCUGUUCCUCAACAGAUGUCUCUGGGAUCAAAAGCCCUUCCAAUGGGCAGCCUACAUCUACAUCAUAUUAAUUGGAACAAUGGCCUGGCGUGCUAGCGCUGGCACACUCUUCAAUCAGCACUGGUCUUGGAUCAAAUUAUUUGCCACAAUUGGAGGAAUGCUUUUUAUGGUAUCUGAUUUCACUUAUGCUGUGAGUAUGUACUGCUUUCCCUUGUAUAACACUGGAAUUAUUGCAUCUACCUAUUAUACGGCACAGAUGUUUAUCACACUUUCAGUUGUAAAGACGAAGAAUAAGGUGACCAAAAACCAAAAAAAGAGCACCUUGCCAUUGUCUUAAAUGAUGACGUGUUGACAAAUUCUGUAUAUGUCUUUCUGCAUCUGAUAAGAUAUUGAAGUAAUGCCCACAAGAAAUAAAGGUCAAUUGUUUUCACUGAAACAAA